AUGCGCAAUACCCUCAGCUUCCAUGGUGCCGUUGGUCAGGUUUGCAAGUCACUUGACGUGCCAAACCUCGCUAUUGAGCCGUUGCAAAAGCAUUCAAACAGCACAGCAGAGGCUACUAUACUGCCUAGCACGGCCGUUGGAGGUGUCAGGCACGAAACUGAUGACGCACUCUCCCCUUUGCAUUCAUCAGAAGCAGCACCCGACCUCCCGGGCAAAGAAAUCGCGCACCAACAGGCGGAUCAUCCGGAGCCCGAGCCUGAGCCUGAGCCUGAGCUCAAGCCGGACCGAGACCAAUCGCUAGAGCUCGCUCCCGAGCCUGCUCCAAAGGACGCCUCGAGCUCAGAGAUGCUGACUCGCGGCCUACCAGCAAGCGACGACCGUAGUGUCAAACCCGCAUCAAGCGAGCCUGCAGAGAUCACAGGAUUGACAGAGAACCUUGAAGACAAGCCUUUGCCGUUGCCGCUGCCGUCCACAGAACCAGGCAACGAGAAGCCCCUUCCCGUAGUCGCUGAGCAAAACGCAAAUAAGGAGUCAUCCUUGGAUGCCCCACUGCCGUCAGAGCCUUCGGAGUCAGCCGCAGAGGUCGCACCGCCAGUCAAAGCUGCAGUCGAGCAAGCCCAUGCGCCCUCGCCCUCUGCUGCUGCGGCUCGCCGCGCUGUCUCUGCCCGGAUGGCGUCGACUCCGACUGCGUCCACGCUUGCCAAAGCUCGCGUAUCUCCUCGACCGUCGCUAGAUAAGCCAAGUACACCUGUCCGUGCGCCUUCAUAUGCAAGGCCAACAGGCACGACCAGCGCGAAGAAGGAAGCGUCGCCCACACUUGGUUUUAGCAAGCCAUCGAGCGCCACAAAGAAAGCUCCUACCACGCCCAACGUUGGCGCUGCACGCGCAAUGCCAAGCUCUGACAAGUCGGCGAAGGAUUCGCCAGCCGCUCAACCUCGAGAGCGAUCCCGCGCCGUCUCGGCUGCUAGCUCGUUGAAGACGAGCACGUCGUCGACGACAUCAUCAGUCAACAAGGCAGCGCCCUCGUCGACAGGCUCUAAUGCGAGUUCCCCGUCCGUCAGCCGACUGGCGACAGCUUCGACUGCCGCUUCUCGAGCUCGCGCAGCAGCAAAUGCAGACAAGCUGGCUGUCAAAACCAAAAAUCUCAAUUUGCCCAGUCCGCCUCCUUCGCGCUCUGGCAGUGCAGGAUCGGUACGCAGCGCGACGAGCAGCAAGUCGAAGGACCUCAAGGCAUCACCUCGUGCAAAGACCGAUGCUACAGUGUAA